CUCCCAAGCUUCACGCCUUGACUCACUCGCUUUUUCACCCACCACGCCCCAAUAUUGCACUUCUCUCUCAACCUCCCGCCCCCACCCACCAUUGUACCUCCCAGUAUCCCCCUCACUGAGCACAAGUGUCUCUGCAUUCAACAGUCUCGCCAAAAGCCGCCCCAAUCAUGUGCCCAACUCCCGAUGACGAGCCUCAGGGCGUCAACGGGGUGAAUGGACACGCCAACGGCACCGCGGCCACCAAUGGCACCACCAAUGGCACGAAUGGCAACCACGACGGCUACAAAGCAAUCCACACCGACGCCCCGCCCCGCUUCCAACCCAGCAACCCCUACGCCCCCGUCCAAGACUUCCUCAGCAACGUGUCCAAGUUCAAGAUCAUCGAAUCCACCCUCCGCGAGGGCGAGCAGUUCGCCAACGCCUUCUUCGACACCGAGACCAAGAUCAAGAUCGCCAAGGCGCUCGAUGAAUUCGGCGUCGACUACAUCGAACUCACCUCGCCCGCCGCCAGCGAGCAGAGCCGGCUGGACUGCGAGGCAAUCUGCAGGCUCGGACUCAAGGCCAAGAUCCUGACGCACGUGCGUUGCAAUAUGAGCGAUGCCAAGUUGGCCGUGAGCACCGGCGUAGACGGGGUGGACGUGGUCAUUGGCACGAGCAGCCAUUUGAUGGAGCACAGCCACGGCAAGGACAUGACCUACAUCAAGAACACCGCGCUCGAGGUCAUCGAAUACGUCAAGGCGGCGGGCAAGGAGAUUCGAUUCAGCUCCGAGGAUUCCUUCCGGAGUAACCUGGUCGACCUGCUUUCCAUCUACAGCGCCGUCGACAAGAUUGGCGUGCACCGUGUGGGCAUUGCGGACACUGUCGGCUGCGCCACGCCACGACAAGUCUAUGACCUCGUGCGAACUCUGCGAGGCGUCGUGAGCUGCGACAUCGAGACGCAUUUCCACAACGACACCGGCUGUGCCAUCGCCAACGCCUACUGCGCCCUGGAAGCGGGUGCCACACACAUCGACACCUCGGUCAUUGGCAUCGGCGAGAGGAAUGGCAUCACGCCUCUCGGUGGGCUCAUGGCCCGCAUGAUUGUCGCCGAUCGAGACUACGUCAAGGGCAAGUACCGACUGGAGAAGCUGAAGGAGAUCGAGGACUUGGUUGCGGAGGCGGUGGAGAUCAACGUGCCGUUCAACAACCCCAUCACCGGCUUCUGCGCCUUCACUCACAAGGCCGGCAUCCACGCCAAGGCCAUCCUGAACAAUCCGUCGACGUACGAGAUCAUCACGCCCUCGGACUUUGGCAUGAGCCGCUACGUGCACUUCGCCUCGCGCCUCACCGGGUGGAACGCAAUCAAGUCUCGCGCGGAACAGCUCGGCCUGGGCAUGACGGACACGCAGAUCAAGGCGGUGACCAUCAAGAUCAAGGCACUUGCGGACAUUCGACCGCUUGCCAUCGACGACGCGGACAGUAUCAUUCGGAACUUCCACUUCAACUUGAGCGCGGAGAAGGAGCGGCCGCUGCUGGAGUUGACGCAGGAGGAGAAGAAGAUGUUUGUGAAGAAGGAGCAGGAGCUGCAUGAGGAGCCGCAGAAGCGGACGAUUGAUGCUGUUGCAGACGAGCAGGCGGAGGUACCGGCGGCUAAGAAGACUCGGACGGCAACCGUGGCAUGAUCUGGCAAGACAUGAUGGCAUGGAUGGGCGUUGGGGGAGCUUGAUUUUAAAAAGUAACGGGAACAGUGCGAUGAUGCAGACGUGACUGACCGCGAGGCAUCGAGAGAGAUUACAGCAAUCAGCAUAACCAGAAGGUUAACUCUACGGAAUAUUGGCUCAUCUUUGGUCACGUGUUCGGCGAGGUAACCUUCCCAGUGCACUAGUCUGUGUCGAAGCGAACGCGUGCAGAGGCUGUCAAGCUGUGUGUUAGAUUGGAGGAUCGACGUGGCGUGCAGCGCGUGUUGCGAGGGAGUUCGUUAUCGCUGCGCCUUAUCGGCGCGCUAGCGGCGGGCGGGAGCCAGUAGUAAG